AUGGUGAUGGAAAACCUGCGCAACGGCAAGGCCCAGCUCAUCCUGAUCGCCAACAACACCCCGCCACUCAGGCGCUCGGAGAUCGAGUACUACGCGAUGUUGGCGAAGACCGGCGUGCACCACUACAACGGAAACAACAUCGAGCUGGGCAAUCGCCUGCGGCAAGCCUCUUCCGCGUCGCCACUCCCGCCAUCACUGAUCCAGGAGAUUCCGGACAUCAUCCGCAGCAUGCCGACGGAGGGCCAA